AUGGAAGCCGUUGAUAUGCAAGGAGUCCCUACUCAGUACAAAAAGAUUCUUCGUGAGCUGUACAAAAAUUUCACAACCAUGAUAUCACCAUUCUACAACGACAUCAACAUUGACGUCAAAAGAGGAGUUACGCAGGACGAUACCAUGUCUCCAGAAUUAUUUACCGCCACACUCCAGAACGUCAUGCGAACAUUGGAAUGGGAUAACAUGGGAGUGAAAAUCGAUGAUCGGAAGUUGCGCCAUCUUCGCUUUGCUGAUGACAUCCUCCAUAUAACACCAAACAUUAGCCAAGCGGAACGUAUGCUUGCCGACUUUGUUAAAACCUGUGGAAAGAUUGUUUUUGGACUAAAUCUCACAAAAACGAUGUUCAUGAGGAACGGAUUGGUUUCGCAUGCUCCAUUCACGCUCAACGGAACGAAUAUCUCCGAACGCUCCGCUUAUAUCUAA